AUGCGUCUGACUCUGGUGGCAUCAUUGUUCUUGAGCCUCGCUACCUUAAUCAUCGCAAGCCCAUAUCCUCACCAAGUCCCGGAGACUGAUAAGAAUAUUGCGAGAGGCUUGGUACAUGCUCCUAGAAACUCGAGACAGCAAUCGAAGGCGAACUCAAAUAAUGUGAUCAUUAUCACAAAGACAGAAGAGGAGCAAUUAACGGAAAUCUCUCGAAAUCGCGAGAUUCAACUUACCAAGCUUGUUCAAGAACGACUUAUCAUCAUUGAUCGAACACAAAUCGCCAGGGACAACAUUAGGAGAAAUCACUUCAAGAGUUUGAACUCGCAGCAGAACAUUAUCAUCAUUGUUGUCACCCAGAUUGUCGAUGCCCGGGAUAGAUCAAACAAAAGCAUUCGCUAUAUGACACAUCAAAUCCAAGCAGAUAAUGAAGCCCAGGAUACACAAUUUGUUGUGGUUCAGCAAGAUCAACGAAUGACCAUCAAUGGCGCAUCUGCGACAGGAACAGCAUCUUUGCCUCGAGGCACUGGAACGUCGGCUUCUCCUUUAUUUGAGACUUAUGAUCCAAAUGCAAUCCCAUUGAUAUCAAACGUCACCCAGAUUCUGCCGAUGAAUGCCCAAGCUCCAAACUUUGCGGGCGUGAAACAAUUUCAGGAUCCAGCGGUGAUCAUCGAAGAGGGUCAGAAGGCAUUUGUGAAUUUUGUGAGCGCUAUGGGAAAUUGA